AUGAGAGCUUCCCGGACUCUGCAGAGUGGGAGUGCUGUUUGCUGAAGGUACAGCAUUGCCAGGAGGUGUGGUACAGAGAAGUGCUUGCCUGCCUCAAGGAGCCCUGCUCCCUACAAGCCACCGCGGGACAGGAACAGCCUCUCAAACACUGCUGUGGAGUGGCUGCACGCCUUUGUGGCACUGCCUCUUCCUCUCUGUCCCAACCCCAAGAGGGGUCUUAGGAGAAGAGUGGCAGGAAGCCUUAAUGGAGGGAAUGCUAUGGGAGCUGGGAGAGGGACUGUUCUUCCAGGCACCUCUCCCCAGAAGGCUGCAGUGAUUUGGGAAUGAGGGAAGAGGCAGAGGGCAAGGGAACAUUGGCUUCUCCUGUUCUCCAGCAAUUCCUGAGGGCAUUGCUGGAGACCAUAGAGGACGAGGCCUGGACCGAGGCCCUGAGCUGUGAGCUGAGCAGGUGGCUGAGCUGCUCUCCCAGCAGCUCUGGAGAAAAGGUGGGCUCCCCCCCAGCUCUACCCAGCAGUCACCCAUGCAGUCUUUCCUGUAUAAGGCUCUGGGGACGGCACUGGGAGCUUGUAAAGGAGUCCUCCACAUCCAAGAGAAGCUGCUGCAGCACCUGGAGGAAACAAAUGCGGAGGAGCCAUCCAAGGCCCAGAUGGAGCUGGACAGCACGAGAGCUCAUGCCACACGCAGCUCUCUAAUCCUCGCCCAUGGCAGCUUAGCACUGCGUGCCUCCAAGGAACAGCUGCUUGCCUGCCUGGAAGGAGACAUCAUGGGCGACAUCCUGCUGCUCUACAGCUGCAGCUGCCGGGACUUGCUGAAGAAGUAUUACUUGGGCAUCCCUGUCUCCCAAGUGCCCCUCAGGGUGGUUCUGGCCCUGGAGCAGUUGAGGUAAGGUCUGGGGUUGCAAGGCAGGAUGGUGAUCCCCAUUUUGGGUAGCUCCUGAAGGCCUGAAAGGGGCAGGGCAUGAGGAGCCACAUAUUCAGGAGACGGGGCACACUGCUGGCUCGCAGCCAGCCUGCUGUCCACUGGGACACCCAGGUCCCUCUCUGCAGAGCUCCUCUCCUGCAGGUCAGCUCCCAGUGCAAAAAAUAUGCAGCUGUGCUUUCUGUUUUGAUACAGGAAUCAGAGAAUAGGUUUCAUGACUGCCAAAAAUUCAUCCAAUUUUUGUUUCAUUGUGGCUCCAUUUUCCAUUGACAUAAAUGCUUUACUGGCCAAUUUUCAAAUGGAACACGUAGAGCUGCAAUCUAAAGUCUGAUCUCUUCAUUAAACAAUAAAAAAAAUAAGUUUUUUACUUAUUAUAUUAUAUGAUGCAUUUUCUGAGGGCUGCUCAGAAUCAUAGAAUGUCCUGGGUUGGAAAGGACCUCAAAGAUCACCUAGUUACAAUUCCCCUGCUGUUGGUAGGGUCACCAGCUACUACACCAGAGUCACAUCCAGCCUGGCCUUGAAUGCCUCCAUGGAUGGGGCAUACACAACCUCCUUGGGAAUGAAAUGAAAGAAGAACGUGAUAGCUAUGAAUUUCUUAUUUCUGAAGUGCAUGAAUAUAAGAGGGGAAGUUUUAUUUUUUUCCUUCCUUAUAAAAUCUAGAUACUCACUCAAAGGAAAUUAAGUCCACAGCAGUGUAUCUAUUAAGGCUAGAGAUACAAAAAGGCUCUUCAUUUUGAAGCGAAGUCUGAGAAACAAGGCAUAAUCUGACUUUCUUCUGUCGUGCAGAGUUUUACUGAUCAAACACAAGAUGAUUGAUCCUCUCUGAUUGCUCAUUGAAUUUAGGAAAAUAAAGAAAUGAGGAUCAGAUGAGGAAGUGUUGAGGCAGGAAUUGGCAACACUUAUGUAUUAGACCUCAUUUUCAUCAGAAUAAAAACUGCUUAAAUAUGUGCAUUUCUAUUGUUAGAAAGAAAAAACAGUCAAUGCAGAAUAUUAAUUCCAGGAAGCUAAUCUACGUCCAGGGAAUAAAGGAAUUGUUGAAUUUCUAAUGCAGAGAUAUUACUAAUUUUGCAAGAACUUUCUCUAGAUAAAAAUUAGGUCUUGUAGCUGA